AUGGCAGAUUUAAGGCCGAUUAUACCAAGUUUUGUUGUACAAGAAGAAGGUUCACGAAAAGUUCUAGUCUAUUUAGAUAUUCCUGAAUUAAAAGUUAAACGAUCAUUUCCGAAUUUUACAAAACAAAUCCCACUAAAUGGUGAACAACGAACACUUAAUUUUCAAAAUCAAUCAUUUACAUUUACAUUAUCUGUACAAGCAAAAAAUAAUGAAACAAAAAUCUAUUCAUUAUCAGUUGCACGAUUACCAAGUGAAAUUCAACCUGAACGAUGCUCAAUUAAAUAUCAACGUCGUGGUUGUUGGAUUACAUUAAUUAAAUUAGAACGAAUGAAUUGGAUGAAUAGAAUUUGUGAUGAUUUAGCACCUGGUUUAGAUACUCAAGAAAAUGAUAAUCAAAGUACGGAAGUUUCAGCUCCUGUUGAAGAAAGACAAUUACGAGAUACAAAUAUGCCACCACCAUUUAAUUUAGUACCUCUUGCUCCUCCUCCUCCUCGUCAACCAUCAACGUCACUAAACAAUCAAACAUAA